AUGGGUGCCAAGGAAAGUGUCGAGGCAGCCGUUAAAAUGAAUGCCGAUGGCUGGGGUCACGUGGAGCGAGGAAGUCGCUACCACGGUCAUCGGCAUAAUCAACGCUCCCAGUCGCUAAAUCGCGGCCAAGCGCUUUCAACGGCGGACGUGAGCAACAUGUGGUGACAUCGGGGUGCCUCUG